AUGAAGUACAUUUUUCAUCUCCUAUUUCUCGUAUUUUUGGGAAAAUUUACUUUUGGAUACGAAAAAUAUCAUUUUCAACUAUCUUCGAGGCAUAAUGAGACAAAAUUUCUUGAAAUAACGUAUCAAUAUCCAUCGACGAGCCUCUUGUUAAAGGCUUUCAGAGAUAACAAAAUAGUGCAAAAAAUUGAAGUUUCCGUAGAUUUUGAUGAGUCUGUUACCCAACAACUGACUCCAAAUGGCUUCGUUUUGAUCAGCAACGAUAAAAAAAUAACAUUUUCGAUUACAACUGACACCGAAGAGUUCAUUGAAUUCCAAAUUUUCCGUGAAAUUUUGAAAAACAAUGAAGCUCGUGACUGUAUUUCGCUCGAAAAUGCAAAUUUUUACGGAGGUCCCGAGCAAAGUCAUCAACAAUAUUGGCCAAUUGAGCGUCAAAAGUUCAAAAAUUACUCUUACGUGCCGAAAAACGAGGAUUUCAUGUCGAUCGCUGAACGUUAUUGGCUUAAUUCGAAUGGAUCUUAUCUUUAUGUGAGCUUCGAAACGCCUCUUUUCAUCGAACAAAAGCCAAAAAAGGAGUUAUGUCUAAUUGCAAAACAAGAAUUACCGUACAACGUUGAUGAAAAUUUAUCCAGAUUUCAAUUUUCGUACUUUUUGGGUGUCGGAAAUGAUGUUAGAGAUGCUCAUAUGAAGGCAAUUGAGCAACAUUUGAUGAAACCCGAAGGAAUUCCUGAUGAAAAAAUGGCGCGUUAUCCGAUUUGGUCGACUUGGGCUCGUUAUAAGAGAGAUAUCAACGAGACUUUGGUCGAAAAAUUUGCUGAUGAAAUAAUUUUUCAUGGAUUUAACAAUUCUCAGCUCGAAAUUGACGACGAUUGGGAGGAAUGUUAUGGAUCGUUGACGAUAAAUCGAACGAAAUUCCCCGAUAUGAAAGGUUUAGUUGCUCGUUUAGCAUCAAAAGGCUUCCGAACAACGCUUUGGGUUCAUCCAUUCAUCAACAAAAACUGCAAUCCAUGGUACGAAGAAGCAAUUUCCCGUAAAUUUGUCGUUUUUGAUCACGAAGGACAUCCGAACACGACUUGGUGGAAUAGCGAAGAAGGAAAAUCUUCAUAUAUUGACUUCACAAAGGCUUCUGCGAUUGAUUUUUUUGUCUCUCGUUUGCAUAAAUUGAAGUCUGAAAAUAAUUUGUUGAGUUUUAAGUUCGAUGCAGGCGAAUCAAGUUGGCCUCCUGUUAAUCCUGUGCUUCAUGGAGAGCCAAAUUUACAUCCGGGCAUCAUCACGAGACGCUUUGUUCGUGAAAUGUCGCAAUUCGGAAGAGCUUUGGAAGUUCGUACGGCAUGGGGAACACAAAAUUUGCCUCAUUACGUAAGGAUGGCGGAUAAAGAUUCCAACUUUCGAUUGACAAAUAAUGGACUUCCAUCGCUUGUAACGACACUUUUGGUCUUUAAUAUGAACGGAUAUCCGUUUGUUCUGCCAGAUAUGAUCGGAGGAAAUGGUUAUUAUGGAAAACCUCCGACGAAAGAAUUGUUCGUUCGAUGGUUGGAAGCGAACAUUUUCAUGCCUGUCGUUCAAUUUUCGUACGUUCCAUGGGAUUUUGACGAAGAAACUGUCGAAAUUACAAGAAAUUUACUUGAAUUAAGGGAAAAAGUUGUCAUGCCUGUGUUGAUGAAAGCCAUGAAACGAGCUGUGGAAGAUGGAAGUCCCGUAAAUGCUCCAAUUUGGUGGAUUGAUCCUCAAAAUACUGUCGCUCAUGGCAUUGGAGAUGAAUUUUUGGUUGGCGAAGAGAUCCUUGUAGCUCCAAUUUUGAAGAAAAAAGCAACAAAACGUGAUAUUUUCCUCCCAAACGGUGUUUGGAAAGAUGCUAAUGACGUCAUUUACGAAGGAAAUCAAUGGAUUUUGGAUUACAAAGCCCAAUUAGGAACAAUUCCGUACUUCAUUUUGCACGAAAAAGCUGAAAAAUAAAA